AAUGGUGGUUUUCUAUGGAAAGGUAAGUCACCAAAUAAUUCUACCUCGAAGGAGGCAACAGUUGGUUCUUUGUCUUUUAAAGUCAUCGAUACAUCGUCUCCCAAAAAAUCAAAUGAAUUGUCAAGACAAGCAGCAACCAAGGAUGCUGGAAGUUCAGUUAAGGUCCCACAGAAGAGUGCUACAAGGAAGCCUGUAGCUCGGGCCAAGGUUCCUUUUGAGAAGGGUUAUAGUCAAAUGGAUUGGUUAAAGCUUACUAAAACACAUCCUGAUCUUGCAGGAUUAAAUGGACAGUCAAAUAAGAGGCUUAUUUCUAUGAAUGAAGUUAAACAGCAUAGAAUGGAAGGUUCCAUGUGGACUGUUCUGAAAGGCCGUGUAUACAAUUUGUCUCCAUAUAUGAAAUUUCAUCCUGGAGGUGUUGAUAUGCUAAUGAAGGCGGUGGGGAAAGACUGCACAUCUUUAUUUAACAAAUACCACGCUUGGGUGAAUGCUGAAUUUUUACUGGAGAAAUGCCUUGUGGGUACUUUAGACGAUAGCCAGUGACCUGCAGCUAUGUUCCAGUAAUCAAGAAAUGCAUCUCCACCCCAAUUCAUUAUACCUCAUUUUACCAAGAUCGCUCGAGAUUUCCAAUUUUCUAGUAAGCUGUUGUGAACUUCUCGCAAUAAUAUCACACUUUGACAACAAGUUCAAAACUCACUGUGGGGUAAUGCUGUAUUACUCAGAAAUUGUUGUAAUAAUAUCUUAGAACUUUCUGACCAUAUUACAUUGCCUCUAAGCAUUUUAAUUAUUGUAA